GCCCCCUUUGCUCCGCCGCGCCGUAGAGAGUUCUGCUAGAUUUGCGGCUGCUCGAGCCAGGAAAGCCCAAGAACAACGCACACGGAGAUGAGCUUAGCGCUUCUAGGGGGCUACUCCUCCGCCGAGGACGACGACCCCGCCGCCGGCGCCGGCGCCGAGCUGAGCGACUCCGGCGACUCAUCAGCCGAAGAGGCCGGAUCUGACGGAGACGAGAAGUCCGCUCCAUCGAAGCCGGCUGCGAAGCCCCGCCCCCGCGUAAACCCUAGCCCCGGAGAUGGGGACUCCUCGCUGCCCUCGGCGCUAGAUGUCUUCGCCGAGAUCUCCGGGCCCCCGGCUUUCCUCAACCGCAGGGUGGCCCAGCCCGAGGAGGUCGGGGAGGCGCUCGGCGUGCUCGAUCGCCGCUCCGACUCCAAGAGGAGAAAGCCGCCACCUCCCGGUGCGGUUGUGGCGGCGAAACCACAGAUGGUUGCCAUCCGUGAACGAGUUAGCAGUGACGUGAAGAAUGGUGCCAAUCCUCCAGUUGCUGUUGUGUCGGCGAAACCACAGUUGGUUGCUGGUCAUGAACGAGUUACCAGUGACACGAAGAAUGGUGCCAAUCCUCCAGGUUCAGUUGAAGGAAAGAGAAAAAUAGGGGCUGCAAAUCCUGGUCCAGAAGAUGCUGCCGAGCUUCUAAGAAUGUGCCUCCAGUGUGGUAUACCAAAGACCUAUUCACACGCGCAAGGAAUGGUAUGCCCUGUUUGCAACGACAGACCGGUGCAGGCAAAAGAGCCGGAGAAGAAGAAGGGUUCUGCUGUCAAAGACAAGGAGAAAGUGAAGAGGAUGAGAGGGCAGUCGUCACAUGCAUCUUGGAAGAGUGAAACUGAGAUGGCUCUGCGGCAACAAUUCGACUGACGGGUGUCACCGGGAGUGCUGGUGCACUCAGUCUGUACACUAGGUAGAAUCGAAUCUCUUUGCUUGUACCAUUGCGUCGCGUGGCUUCCAGAUUGCCAUCGUUUUGUUUCUUGUAUUUGCAGCUCUCUGACAUGCACGGAUUAAGUUUCGCAAGCUGUAUCCGUUAAAAUGUUUUCCAGCCCAGCCAUGUUUCGAGUAAGUUACUCAGGGUCCCUUUGCUUCAGGGACAUUUUCCUGUGCCCAUCAGUAACUGGAUGACCUAUGAGAUUCCCAUGAGAUUUUUGCGUAUCAUAGAAGAAUCCCUGAAUACUGAACUGGUUGUGCUU